AUGGAGGGGGACAUGGUUCCACAAUCUAUCUGCACCAAGAGCUGCCUUGAAGGUCAGCAUAAGAUAGCCAUUGAAGGGAAUCCUGUCUGUUGCUUUGCCUGUUCUCCAUGCCCAGAAGGAACAUUUUCUAACUACACAAAUGCAGAUCGUUGUGAGAAAUGCCCAGAAGAUCAGUACCCAAAUCCAGAUAAGACAAACUGCAUUCCAAAGUCAGUCACAUUUUUGUCAUUUCAUGAGCCUUUGGGGAUUGGUUUGGCUGGGAUAGCUGGUUCCCUUUUUCUUAUCACGAUUUUGGUGCUAGGGGUUUUUAUUAAGAACCAGGAUACUCCCAUUGUAAAAGCCAACAAUCAGAAUCUUACCUACACCCUUCUCGUUACCCUGAUGCUCUGCUUUCUUUGUUCCUUGCUGUUUAUUGGUCAGCCUGGAAAAGUGACUUGCCUUCUCCGACAAACUACUUUUGGGAUUAUAUUUUCUGCCUCUAUUUCUUGUGUCCUGGCAAAGACUGUCACUGUGGUUCUGGCUUUCAUGGCCACUAAGCCUGGAAAUAAGAUUAGGAAAUGGAAUGGAACAAAAUUGACAAACUCCAUCACUCUUUUCUGUACCCUUACUCAAGUUAUCAUCUGCAUUGCCUGGCUUAAAUCCUCUCCUCCAUUCCCUGAUUUUGACUUUGAAUCUGAGGCUAAUCACAUAGUAAUCCAGUGUAAUGAAGGAGCUGCCCCUCUGUUCUACACUGUCCUUGGUUACAUGGCCUUUCUUGCUAUUGUAAGCUUCUCUGUAGCUUUUCUAGCCAGGAAGCUACCAGACAUUUUCAAUGAAGCCAAGUUCAUCACCUUCAGCAUGCUGAUUUUUUGUAGCAUCUGGAUCUCAUUUAUUCCCACAUAUUUCAGCACUAAAGGGAAGUUUAUGGUGGCUGUAGAGGUCUUCUCCAUUUUAACCUCCAGUGCAGGCUUGCUGGGGUGCAUCUUCUUCCCCAAAGUCUUCAUUAUUGUCAUGAGGCCUGACCAGAACACCAAAAGGAAGUUACUAAAGAAAUCAAAUGCUGGAACAAAUGAGUUAUAA